AUGUCAUCCGAUACCCAUGUUGGUGACCAAACUUUCACACAAGCCAAUGCUGGGUCCACGUCAGUGCCAAACCAAUCCGCCUCAGGUACGGAGCAUGCGCCAGAUGCUAUUGAAGGGCUGUCCUCUGUCGACAAUGCAUCCUCCAAUGGAGCCAAGGACGAUGUAACCAUCACUGUCAAUACCGACCCUCUGGAUCUGCGAAAACACCUAAGGGACGAUGUGACACAGAAGCAGCUCAAGGCAGACUACCCACUGGCCAAACCUAGGCACAUGAAGAAGUUUUACACCAGGCAAAACGCUCUCAUCGAUCAGUUUCUCCAGAGCGGUGAUGAAGAGCGCUUGGCUGCUCUUGACCAGCUGGAAAAUGGUCCGAAAGUGCGAUUUGCCGUGAACGCAUCUUUCGUCGUCAACUUCUGUCUCUUCGUCAUUCAGAUGUAUGCUGCCAUCUCUACAGGCUCGUUGUCGCUGUUCGCCACAGCGGCAGAUGCCUUUAUGGACCUGGUGUCCUCGGUCGUCAUGCUCAUCACCUCUCGUAUGGCGGCUCGGCCAAGCGUGUACAAGUACCCAGUAGGGCGGACCCGCAUUGAAACGAUCGGUAUCAUCAUGUUUUGUUGUUUGAUGACUACUGUCGCCAUCCAAUUGAUUAUCGAAUCCGGUAGAGCUCUAGGCGCUGGUGCAAAGGAGCAUGAGCAGCUCCACAUCAUCCCCAUUGCAUUUGUCGCAACUGCAAUCUUUUGCAAGGGAUCUUUGUGUAUCUACUGCUUCAUCUUCCGACGCUACCCUGCCGUCCAUGUCUUCUUUAUCGAUCACCGCAACGACAUUGUUGUCAACGCCUUUGGUCUUGCCAUGUCCAUUGUGGGCAGCCGCGUCGUCUGGUACCUUGACCCUAUCGGUGCUAUCCUGAUUGGUGUCUUGAUCCUUACCUCAUGGGCUGCCAACGCGUUUGAUCAUGUCUGGCUACUGGUUGGCAAGUCUGCGCCCCAAGAGUUUAUCAGCAAGCUCAUUUACCUCGUCGUUACACAUGAUACCAGGAUCCAAAAGGUUGACACCUGCCGCGCAUACCACGCUGGACAAAACUACUACGUCGAAGUAGAUAUUGUGAUGGAUGAGGGACAGCCGCUCAAGGUCACGCACGAUGUUGCUCAGACCCUUCAAAGGAAACUCGAAGGCCUUGCUGACGUUGAGCGCGCGUACGUACACGUCGACUAUGAGGACGUCCACGACAUCUACGAGGAACACAAGCCUCUCUACGAAGUCACCCAAUCCAGAACCAUCAAGGAGCGCGUCAAGAAUCUGCGCUACAUCUUCAAGGGGAAGAAACAAGCCGAGGCUUAA